AUGCAUACCUCUCCCACUCCGAUCUCGCUGGAACCCCGCGAAACCCCUCUUCCCGUUGCUGCUCGACAGGAAGAGACAGGCUUCCAUGUCAUAACUCAGACGAUCUAUCGACCGAGCUCUACAUUCAUCACGUACGUUACACUAGGCAGUGGGCCACCGACAUCCUACUCUGAUGGCAACCCGGCCGAUCCGCCCUCGGCGGCUGCUCCGACCGAGGACCCACCACCUCCGGACCGGUCCAGCGGCUCCUUAUCAAGCGCUCAAAUUGGAGGGAUUUUAGGCGGCAUCGUCGCUUUCGUCUCCAUCGCUCUCAUUGCUUGGUUCUGCAUAUCACAGAACAAAAGAAGACCAGGCCCACCGCCGGACUGGGACUCCUUGUAUGAAUAUGAAUCUUCCUCGGAAAGUGGCAUCACGGCGUCCCGUUUGCCGAGGCAACCGCUGCCAAGUCAUCCAGGCCGAGGCCGGCGGCCUCCUUAUCCCCCGAUGCCACAGGGGCCGCCGCCGCCGCCCGCUAUUCACAUCAAUCGCUACGAUCCUUGGAAUCCCAAGUUUAAUGGACCGACUCGUCGUCAGCAGCCUCCGCCGCCUCAACGUUAUCGGACACGAGUACCCUAG